GCUUGCGGAGAGCGCCCGCCCGGCUCGCCCGAGCUCGCCGCACCCGCCAGCCCCCAGCUGCAAGACCCUGGCUAGCGCCACUUCUCUGGUCUGCUGCCCCCAGCCUCGAGUUGCCUAGCUGUGGCGGACCUCCACAUCCGCACACCCGUCUCUAGUUUUUAAAAACCUUCCCAUAGAAAUAGAAUAAGCCUCAAGCUGGCGGGAACGAUGGGGCACAUAAAGAAAGGCGAGCUGACCCAGGAGGAAAAGGAGCUGCUGGAAGUGAUCGGGAAAGGUACCAUCCAAGAAGCUGGGACACUGUUGUCUAGCAAGAAUGUUCAUGUCAACUGUUUGGAUGAGAAUGGAAUGACUCCUUUAAUGCAUGCAGCAUACAAAGGAAAGCUUGAUAUGUGCAAAUUACUCCUGCGACACGGAGCCGAUGUAAACUGCCACCAGCACGAGCACGGCUACACGGCCCUCAUGUUCGCUGCACUUUCCGGUAAUAAAGACAUCACAUGGGUCAUGCUGGAGGCGGGCGCAAAGACGGAUGUUGUGAACUCAGUGGGAAGAACAGCUGCUCAGAUGGCAGCCUUUGUGGGUCAGCAUGAUUGCGUGGCUAUAAUCAACAAUUUCUUCCCCCGAGAGAGACUGGAUUACUACACUAAACCCCAGGGACUGGAUAAAGAGCCAAAACUGCCUCCAAAGUUGUCAGGGCCACUGCACAAAAUUAUCACCACAACAAAUCUCCACCCGGUCAAGAUUGUGAUGCUGGUGCGCGAGAAUCCUCUGCUGGCGGAAGCAGCCGCUCUUGGUAAAUGCUACAGGGUGAUGGAUUUGAUCUGCGAGAAGUGCAUGAAGCAGAGAGACAUGAAUGAAGUGCUGGCUGUGAAAAUGCACUAUAUCAGCUGCAUCUUUCAGAAAUGCAUUGCCUUCCUCAAGGAAGGGGAGAAUAAGCUGGACACCCUGAUCAAGAGCUUGCUGAAAGGCAGAGCGUCUGACGGCUUCCCAGUGUAUCAGGAGAAGAUCAUCCGAGAAAGCAUCAGGAAGUUUCCGUACUGUGAAGCAACCCUCCUCCAGCAGCUGGUGCGAAGUAUCGCUCCUGUGGAAAUUGGUUCGGAUCCCACUGCACUCUCUGUACUUACCCAAGCCAUCACAGGACAAGUGGGCUUUGUGGAUGCCGAGUUUUGCACCACCUGUGGAGAAAAAGGCGCCAGUAAAAGAUGCUCGGUGUGCAAGAUGGUAAUAUAUUGUGAUCAGACCUGCCAGAAAACACACUGGUUCCAACAUAAGAAGAUGUGUAAGAGUCUGAAAGAUAUUUAUGAGAAGCAACAGUCUGAAGCAGCCAAACGGAAGAGCCAGGAGGAAAAGGUAGAUGGAAAACUUGAUGUCAACUCUAACCAUGUGAAUGAAGAUCAGCCGGAGGCUGCAGUGGGUAUCUCCCGGAAACAUUCUGCUCCUGGUGAUUCUGUGGAAGGGGAGAAAAGAGACGGAGUUGAGGCUGGACUGGCCAGUGCACAGGACGCUCCUUCGGGGCCGCAGCAGUCUGAGGAGUGAAAACUGCCCACCGUGGCUGGCCCGGAUAGCCUUCAUCCUUGGCAGAUAGCUGCAGAGCUCGUGUGACUGUACCUUUGUGACGCUGCAUGGCAUAGUGGCAGGUCUGCACAUCCCUAGAAUAGAGGCUUUCAAGCAUCGCUGCCUCCCACGCCUUGAUUUCCUGUUGAUUUCUGUUGUAUAAUUGAAUAGGCCAUUUCUGCAGAAAAUGUUGUCUUUCAAAAUACACAAAAAUAAGUCUGUUUCCUUUCUGGCUCCCUGGUGAUGGUACACAAAGGAAAAGAAAUCAUUUUAAAGAAGAAAUCUGGGUCUGAGGGGACAAAGAAAAGAACAGGGAAGAUGUGAAAGAGAAGUGAUGAUUAGGGAAAAGGGAAUCAUGGGCCCCAGAGAUGGGCAGUCAGAGAAGGAAAACUUGCCUUUGAAUAUUGUCCUGAAGUCGGACAUAUGAAGCUGUAAUGAGGAAUACUCCAUCUUCAAACAGCUUUGCCGUAAUUCAGCCUGGAGUAGUUUUGAGAGAAAUUAUCAGGAGCCCUUUGACCUCUGUGUUUCUUGAAGGGAUAUUCUCUGUAUUUGAACAUUCAGAACGGUGGGGUCAAACACUGGGCAUUCACUGUACAUGCUUCUUGUAGAACCACCUCCCUCUCCAUACUCACCCAAAAGGCCACCUUUAUCUUUUCAUGAGCCUCAUCCUUUCCAUAAACUGUAAUUUAUAGCUGUAGUUUCAAGAAUGUCCAAUUCUGCGUUUUAGUGUUUGCGGCAUGUAAGCAAAGCUGGAGUGUCAUGUCUGAAGAAGGUGCUGUGUUUCAGUUCCCUCCGUUGGCUUCAGAAUAAAUCUACUUACGUACACAGUU